UUCUCUGCUGACCGGAAGACCCGUCACAGCGUUUGGGUUAUGGGUCGGUACUAUGGGUACACUCGCCUGUGUGGAGACCGAACGAUCCGCUAUUGAACGAGUAUUGUGACGCCAUAAUAUUAUUAUGUCUGCGAUACUCCGACUUCCCGGACGGACCGAAAUCUUCUUCAUCUCGUGUCCGGUUGAAAUUGCCGAUAAUCACAUCGAUAUCGAGUUUGGAUAGUGGAAAGAUUGUGGCGGUCAUAAUUAUUCAUAUUCUGAAUAGGAUGUCCUGUACUCGACCUGUCGGGUCCUAGUAAUUUUUAUCGCGCAGUUACAAUGAAUGCUCUUAAAAUCGUUCUUUUGAUGGUCUGGUCGUUUGCGGCUGCUGAUGGAAAGAAUGACACUGCUAACUAUGAACCUGUUCAUUUAAUAUUGGUUUCUACGCAUAAUAUAUUUAGAUCUACCGAUCUAUUGAUGGAUACACCUAUAAAUGUUUAUUCUACAAAUCAAACAAUCAAUGGUGUAUCAAUUAAUAUACGUACAAAUAUUUUAUAUAUUUUGGAUUCUUCGGGUUCUGUAUUGUCAAUGUCAAAUAACAAGAUUAGCAUUUUAUUAACAACCAAAAAGGAAAUAUUAAUGGACAUUACUAUUGAUUGGCUUAAUAAUCACCUUUAUAUAUUAAUGUCAUCAACAAACAAAAACACUAUAGUUUAUAGUAUUAAACAAUUUGAUUAUGAGCAGCAAAAAAUAGAAGAAAUAUUUUGUGAAUUUGAUUCUGAACCACUCCAGAUAGAAGUGGAUCCUUUAAAUGGGUUUUUAUUUUGGAGCACAAAACUAGGUUUAUACCGAUUAGACACCAGUAAAAACUUAAAAAACUUGGAUAUGAAUAAGUCAAGAAUAAUUUUACGUAAUGAUAUUGGUCCUUUUGUAAUCGAUUAUUUAAAUGUAUGUUUGUUAGUGAUAUUCCGAAAGGAAAACACUAUAAUGUCAGUUUCUUUGGAUGGUAAAUAUGUAAUAAAUAUUAGAAAUAACACACAUACAGCGUUAUUUGCUGAUGCAACAACAUUAGUAUACGUGAAUGAAUUAUUUUACUGGUCAAAUGGUUCUGUAAUAAUGAGAGAAGACCAUUUUAUUGAUGAUCAAAAAUACUACCAAACUAUAUAUCCAGAAAAUCAUUUUAAAGUCAAUUUAAUAAUAUCUAAUUGUACCGAUCAACAACCAACAUCAUUUCCUAGAAAUCCCUCACAGACAAGAAAUCACUCGUUCAUGUCCAAAGUGAAACAUGAAUUUAAUGCAGAGAAUCAUAAUUUAUGGUAUGAAUAUAGAAGAUCACAUGAACCAUGGAUAAUACUAAUAUCAGGACUUUUUAUCAUUUUCCUUGUCUUGAUAAUGUUAAUUAAGUAUUGUUCAAAUAAUUUCACAGGCAAAAAUAUGCCACAGAGACCGCUUUUGUUUGAGAAUAUGGGUUAUCAAAGUGUAGCAUUGUUGUCCCAAAAAAGAGAUAACAAUGAAUUGUUAAGAAUUAAACGUAAGCAAAUAACAGUUACAAAACGAUUGGGGUCAGGAGCUUUUGGAGAAGUUUUUGAAGGAAAAGUCAAAGAUAUAAAGGUAGAAGCUGAAUAUUGUGUUGCUUUGAAAUCUUUAAAAGAAGGUUCCACUCGGUGUGAAUUAUUAGAAUUUUUAAAAGAAGCUAAAUUAAUGAAUAAUCUAAAACAUAAAAAUAUUUUGGAAAUUUUGGGAGUAUGUUUAGAUAAUGAACCUAAUUUUAUUAUUAUGGAACUUAUGAAAGAAGGUGAUUUAUUGAGUUAUUUAAGGAAAACCAGACCAACACUAGGUCAUUCAUUGAGUCAUAUUGAUUAUAUUAGAAUGUGUAUCGAUGUAGCCGAAGGAUGUUCUUAUCUCGAAGAUAUGCAUCUUGUGCACCGAGAUCUAGCGGCCCGUAAUUGCCUGGUAUCGUCGGCGGACCCUAAAGAGCAAAUUAUAAAAAUUGGCGAUUUUGGAUUAGCAAGAAAAAUGUAUGCACAUGAUUAUUACCGAAAAGAAGGAGAAGCUUUACUGCCUGUUCGUUGGAUGUCACCAGAAUCAUUAGUGGACGGUGUAUAUACCAGUCAAUCUGACGUUUGGGCUUUUGGUGUCUUAUUAUGGGAAAUUAUGUCUCGAGGUCAUCAGCCUUAUCCAGGGCUGUCUAAUAUAAAGGCUAUGCAUUAUGUUCAACACGGUGGAAGGCUUGAAAAACCAAUAAACUGUCCAAUAACUUUGUAUAAUUUGAUGAAAAAAUGUUGGCAUGUCGAGCCCAAAAAAAGGCCAACAUUCAAAUUCUCUUUAAAAUUUUUAAAAUCAUAUUACAUGGUUUUAGAAUACACUAAUAAUAGAGAUAUAGAACUACAAACAAUCCCUGAAUCAGUAUAUUUAAAUUUAUAAUAUUAUAAUUAAUAAACAAUGUUACGAUAUUAAUUCAAUCAAAAGAAUAUUGAAGGUUAAUUUAUGUUUUAUAUAUUUUGUAAUAAGCCUACAAUUUAUUAUAUAAUUUUUGGUUAACCAAACAUUUUGUCAAGUAUGAAUCAUUUAUCCAAUUCCUACUAAUAGCACACUAGCUAAAGUGAUUUAAUUAAUAUAAGUCUUAACUAUAAUUAAUGAUAUCUAUGUGUAAUUUAUCCAAUACAGUGACUUACUUGACAA